AUGGCCCAGCCGGACUUUGCGUACCGUUCCUCGGCCGCGGUAUCCAAUGACCGAUGGCUACAAUCGCGCAGGUGGGAACAAGAUCUCGAAGAACCCCGUUUUGCGGGAGGGAAUGAAAGGACACGAACAGCUGACAGGCGACCCCAAAGCCCGAUAUACAGUGAUCAAUAUCACAAUGGCAGGUUUGAGACGGGGAGCAACCCGUACCUCCCACAGAGCGUGACUUACACACAUGGAAACUCUUCUUCAUACCACCUCCCAGCCAACCUUUCGCUCGGGAAUGUCAGCCAGGUAGGGCGAGCCGCGGCUGAGUCGCCCUUUGCGCCAGCGACAGCCUUCAAUCCGCGUAUGACCCAACCGCCAAGCCAGUACUCGAGCCCGGCGCCACCAUCUCAGGUCUCAUACAAGGGCAUGAAUGGUAUGAACGGCAUGAACGGCAUGAACGGCAUGAACGGCAUGAACGGUAUGAACUCCCAGCCUUGGGAUCACCAGAGGCAGUAUCAGGGCGCCCCUCCUCAGCAUCAGCCCCCACCACAGGGGCCAUAUCAAGGGAGGUACUCGCCAUCGGGCUCCAUGGAUGAUCUCAUGACGUCUCCCAACAUGUCCGACUACUCCCUGGAGAACUCGGCCAUCGGAAUGUCCCAGCCAGGGAACAAGAACAAGAUGAACGGAAAGCCACGAUCGCAGCGACGUCCGUCGAACCGGGAUGAGUUUGAUGGGCCGCACCAGUUUCUGAAGAGACCUCCGCCAGAGUACAUUGCGAUGUCCGAACGAGACCUCCCAACUCUCCCGACCCAUCUCCUUGUCCAAGAGCAGGAUAGUGUCCUGACUCAGGUCAACGACCGGCUCUCGCAGUGCGCUUAUGACUUUGUUGCCAAGUACCAGUUUCCGAUCCCACUUACACAGGACAUGCGACCCGUCGAGCGCCCGCAGGACCGUGAAUGGACCGAGUGGGUGUACCUGCUGAAAAGGCUGGCAACGAAAAGGCGGAUCCCCGCCCGGGUGCUAUACAACGGCCAGAUCAAGCAGUUUGUGACGAUUUUGGAGAACUCGUUGGAGAUGCGACAUGCGGCAAAGCACCAGUCUCGACCGCUGAAAGACGACCGGAAUAUUUUGCAGCUCAUCUCGGCGGGCAUCCAGGUGGCCAAGAUCCUCAAGGAUGCCCAGGCCAUGGACUAUUUGGACAGGCUAUAUGUAUCAACGGAACAGCAGAUUCAGGAGCGAGCUGCUGCCGCGGCCGCGGGGAGGUUCCGUUGA